GAUUUGGAGAGAUUAAUGUUCUUAUUAACAAGUUUGCUCAAAGCAUUUGUUACACGAUUGAUAACAAAUUUAAAAAUAAUAAAAAAAGAAUAAAAACAAAUAAACAGAAAUAAAAAACAAAAUAAUCACAAAUAAAAUAUUAAUGGAUAAUCAUGCCACUGGUUCAAAAUAAAAGCUCUCGCAGUAUUAAAUCUGUUCAAGAUUACAUUGAUAACAAAGUACCUGAAAACUUCAUACCUGGAUGGAGUAACCCACCGCCUAACAAUAAAAACGAAACACAUAAAAGUUUAAUUAAUUUUUUACGGAUCAGGCUCAUCCCAAAUAAUCAAAACGAGAAAAAUAAAAAAGGCGGAAUUUCAAAUAAUUUUAAAAAUUCAGAUUCAAAGAAAAACAGUAAUGGGUACUGUGACAAAAAUUCAAUUUACUAUAAAGAAAGCAAUUCUUCAGAUAAAAUGAAAAGACGAAGUUUUUCAUUAAAUCAAUUAUCUGCUCUAGAAGAUUCAUACGAUUUAGUUUGCCUAAGUGAAAGACUGAAAGUAAAUACUGUACAAAAUGAGGGAAGUUCACAUAGACUUCCGAAAUCGUUUAAACCGACAAACAACAUAAGCUUGUUACAUCCUGAAAUAUUUGUGCCUAUUAAAAGAAAAAUUUCUAACAUUGGUCGCAGUUAUUCAUUAACUAAUUCAAAUUUGUAUUCUACCCCUAUGAGUGAAUUAUGCCAUCGAACUCGUAGUCAGUCAUUAUUUGAUGACCAAUUGAAGUUAAAAAAAAAGCUUUCUACCUUAUCUCCUUGCAAUCGGCUCACGGUUGGUAAUCCAUUGCCAGAUGUUUUGAAUGAUUCUUUUGAUACUAGUUUAUUUCAAACUGAUCUUAAAAAAUGUUCUAUUGAAAAUAUUUCCUCGUUGCAGCUAAAUCACAAUGAUGAAAAGAUUUCUGCGGAAAAUUCUACGAGUCGAUCCUUAGAAGUUAAUGACACUGUUAAUUGUAAUACAGAAGAUAUCAGCCUUAAUGAAAAUAACAACUUACAAAAUUGUUUUUUAAAACGUUCUUAUAGUGAACUGCAAUUAAAUGUAAAUAAAAUAAAUGUUUAUUCAGUAAUUCCUGAAAUUCACGUUCAAGUAAAUGACAGUUGCGUCAAACUAAACGAUGAUGAAUCAAAACAAAUUAAUGAAUCAAAAGCAAAAUAUGUAGUUAUAGACAAAAGUAAUGACUUCCAAAACGAGCAAAACUUAUAUCGUCCGCGAAGCCAGUCAUUAACUAUAAAUAAGGGUAAUGAUGAAAAAUUGCUUCAAAGCCCAACUUUACGUAGACAGUCUUGGAGUUCAAGUUUUUUAAAAGCAACAUCAUUGGUUGAAUUGAAUUGUAGAAAAAUUAAAGUAAUUAAAACAGAACAAUAUUUUGCGGUUCGAAAAAACUCGUAUCACAAGUCUGACAACAUGUAUUGCAUCCAAGGAAGUUCGAGUCAGACAACUAAUAACGACCAAAGCAAAAUAAUUUUUCAACCUCUAAAAUAUGGCACAGAUGGGCGAAAAUUAUCAUUAAGUGAGAAUUUAAUUUCUAACUCAUUUAAAAAAGAUGAGGCAAACGAAGUAAAUGCUAGUAAUUUUCAUUCAACUACCUCAACUUUAAAUUCGUCUACUUUGACCAGUGAUGAAACAAAAAAAAGUAUUGAAAAUAAGUUACGUUCAAAUCUACCUAAAACGUUUCAAGCUGCAGUAAUUGACCCACUUAGUGUUCGCGAUAAAAAAUCAAUUAGAAUUAAGAAUAAAAAUAUUCAAAAACAUAAUGAUAAUUGUGAGGUAGAAAGCCGACCCAGAUCUCCUUCUCUUUCAUUUUUUCAAAGUUCUCCAAAAAUAAUACGAAAACGUUUUGCAAAAACUAGCGCGCUAGAUUCUGAGAAAACUCAUUCUUCUCAUCUAGAUUUACCGGAAUUUUCCUCAAAAGUGGAUAAACAUAUAGUUGAUACACCAGCAAUUGUUAAAAAAAGUAAAAAAUGGCAAACCCGGCGAGUUAAAGAAAGACAGACAUCUGAAUCUUCUGAUGUUGUUUAUGUAACCGGGACUUCUGUAUUUCAACGCGCUCUACGUUACACAAAAAGUUACGAUGAAAGCUUGUUUCCGUGCAAAGAGCAAUCAUUUUCCCAGGCAGAAUCCAAUUUAACUACUAGUGAGGCGUCAAUAGAAACUAAAAAUAAUUGUGUACUUGUACACGCUGAAAAUAUUAAUGAAACAAACCUAAAAGUUAUAGAAAGUAAAACAGAAUUGCGUGGAGCAGAUUGUUUAGAUAAUAUUUGUUCUAAAAGAUUUGAAAAUAUUGAAAAUGAAAGCAGUUAUUCAAUAGGAGUACGAGAACAAAGUAAAACCUCUGAUUAUUAUUCUACGUCAUCUAUGCCAUCAUGUUCGAACUUUUCUACAAUAAUACAAGCUGAACCUGGUGACUACAAUAAUAAUAACAAAGUCUACAAAAGUAAAUUUUCACAUACAUUGAAACAACACGUAAAUGAUUUAAAAAACAAUUAAUUUCUUAUUGUUUAAACAAUCAUUAACUGUAUUUAUAUUACAUACACAACCCAAACACACACUUAC